UCUGUCACACACACACACACACACACACACACACACACACACACACACACAUUUACGUAUACACUUAUGCUGUUUUUGUUUAUACAACUGCCUUGUUGUGACUGAUUUUUAUUUUGCAUUAAACAAAAAACAAUAACAGAACAAUUAUAUUUCACUGGGACCUACAGAUGAAAAUGAAAAUAAAGCAGUGUGUUUUUAAUGCUUUUGAAAAUAUAUACUGAUAUCCAAACUCUCAUUGAGCCUCAGUAGCUGUCAGCUGAGUGCCUUCAUGGUCUUGUGGUGUGGUUACUUGUAGCCACUAGUGGGCCCGGUGCGGUGCAGCCAUCGUGUCCGGCUCAGCCCUGCUCUCUGUGGGAAGUGAGCGGGCAUUCAGAGAGGAUGCUGAGGCCUGCCAGUCCCGCGACUCAUCCAUCAGUAACCCGGGGCUAUUAGGUUGGUCCGGGCUAUGGCUGCACCUAUCGCACAUUUCGACGACGACUGGCCGAUCGUAGGUGAUCUGAGCAUGGUUUCAGACCAGAGGCUGCUGCCGCAGAAAGGCCGCGCAGCCGCCGCCGCCGCCGCGGGGGAAGCGGCACCGCAGCUCCUCCUAGAUGAGGAUGACUUCCCGGAGCUUCACGACAGCAGCUUCUCCCCGGGGGAAAGCGGUACUUUCAGGUCCAUGGAGGACCUGGUGAACGAUUUUGACGAGAAGUUGUCGGUUUGCUUCCGUAAUUUAGACGCCAGGACGGACAGCAUCGCUCCUGUGAGUGAGAUAACGGAGGAGUCGCUGCUGGAGAAAGACGAAAUCUGGAAGUCUUUGACCAGUAACUACGGGCGUGUGAUGCCUGUGGACUGGAAACAGUCGCGGACAUGCUCCCUGCACAUUCCCACCAACAACCUGGAGGAGAAGCCUAGAAAGACUGAUGUCACAGCAGAGCUGUCAGACGAUGAGGAGCUGAGGGAGCAGCUGGACAUGCACUCCAUCAUCGUCUCCAGCCUCGCCGACGAGCCCCUUUUCACAGCAGAGCAGGUCAUCGAGGAGAUAGAGGAGAUGAUGCAGGACUCUCCUGACAUGGAGGCAGGGCACAAUCCAUCUCAGUCGGACCUCUCGAUGCUCUCCUUGGACGUCCAGCGGUCCACCAGGAGCCCCACCUACGAAUUGAGGGUGAGGACCCUGAGUGUUGCAGAGCUGAAUGAGCGUCUGGAGGAGAUGGAGACAAACAUCAGGAGAUUCUCAGAGGAACUGGUGCAGCAGUUGGCUCUCAGAGACGAGCUGGACUUUGAGAAAGAGGUGAAGAACAGCUUCAUUUCAGCGCUCAUCGAUGUACAAAACCGACAGAAGGAGCACCGGGAGCUGCUGAAGAAAAAGAAGAAGCUCAGAAGUGGAGCCGGGACGUCGCAGGGCCACGCGGAGAAGACGCUCGGAUCACGCUUCAGCGUGGAGGGAAUCUCCUCUGUCAUUCAGAACAGCUUUCGGCAAACUUUUGGGAGCGGGUGCAGUGAAAGACAGUAUUUGACCACAGUCAUCCCUUACGAGAAAAAGGGAAACCCUCCGUCACUUGAGGACCUCCAGAUCCUAACUAAGAUUCUACAAGCUAUGAGAGACGACAGUGACAAAGUGCCCAGUCUCUUAACAGACUAUAUCCUCAAAGUGCUUUGCCCAACGUAAGACCAGAGGGACUGUGCCCCACACCCUGCAGAGGCUUCAGAUAGUUUAACAACAAGAAGAUGAAGAGGACGCAUUGUAUUUUUCUUUUUCUUUUUAGCAGACAUGAAGUAAACUUAAUUUAUUCUUGCAUGUUUUUACCUCAAGAUGUGUUUUUUUUGGGUUCUGUUCUUCAUUUAGUUGUAUAUAUUUUGUGUUGGACAUUGUGAUUUUGCAAACCUUGUGUGUUCCUGUGAAUUUUGACUCCUUUUCAGUGUUUUUUUUUUGUUUGUUUUCUUGCACUGUGAAAGAGUAUCUUAAAAAAUAUAAAUUGUACAAGAAAAGUACCCAGGUAGAUGUAUACCAGCGUCGAGGCUGCACUGUUUGGAAACUGAGCUAUAAGUAAGCGCAAAAGCAGAAUGCAAGGGGCUUUGUAUUUAUCUGAAGAGCUGAACUAUUCACCGAGCAAUGAACAAAUGCACCAAGCACGUUGAAGUUGCAGUAAUAGAGAAUUAUGUGAAAAGAGCUUUGAUGCAUCAAAACUGUAAAGUAUAAACAGUAAAUAAGAGUAUUUUGUUUGACGAUCCCCAAGAGGAAAUUAAUAAGUAUUACAGCAGCACAUGAGACAGAUCAGAGAGGGAGGAAGAAACAGGAUACAUAGACAAUAAUGUAAUAAUAACAAAUAAAUGAGUUAGUUACCUCAAACCUGUAUAAUGUAAAACCAUUAUAUAAUUCAACACGUUGCAGCAAAUGUGUGUCACCUGCUUUCAUCUCAGCAGAACACCACAUGUAUUAUCAUUAUUAUUAUUGGAUGAGAGAGAAAGUGUUGAUGUAGUCUGGACUGAAAUGAACUAAUUAACUAACUAUGCAUUUAAGUGAGUACUGAAUUGUGACCCAUGCACUGUCUGUACUUUGGUGACGCUGACUGGAACUCUGAAUCAGAGGCUGGAGCGUCGACGUGCCUGCUGCGCACAGGGCAGCUUGUUAUUCUGUAUGUAUUCUCGUGUAUUUACAGACUGCCUUUGCCUUUGCCUGAACUUUUGUACAUUAUAAAUUACUUAUUUUCAAUGAAUGUCAAAUUGCUGGACUAUACUUA